CCGGGCUCCGUGCACGCGCAGCUCGCACACCUCGAAGCGCGCUCUCGUGCCUGGCUGGAGGACGCAUCGGCUAAAAUUUACAAGAGCAGCGGGCGAACAGGCCUGCGUCUCCUCGGGAAUAAAUACGACGUCGUUCAUUUUGUUCCGACGGACCGGCUGGGAUUAAAAACGCGCCCGAUCAUAUGUGCGUGAAGGGGGAAAGGAUAGAGCACGAUGGUUCGGGAAACCAGACACCUUUGGGUGGGAAACUUACCCGAACACGUUCGAGAGGAGAAAAUUGUGGAGCAUUUUAAACGGUAUGGACGUGUGGAGAGUGUUAAGGUCCUGCGGAAGCGGGGGUCAGAGGGCGGCGUCGCAGCCUUUGUGGAUUUUGUGGAUAUCAAAAGCGCUCAAAAGGCUCACAAUGCCGUCAACAAGAUGGGAGACAGGGACCUUCGGACUGACUACAAUGAACCUGGGUCAGUUCCAAGUGCUGUUCGGGGCCUUGAUGACAGCUCCCCCUCGAGCAGUCGAGACGUUACGGGAUUCUCUAGGGGAACAGUUGGACCUGUGUUUGCCCCCCCUGUGUCCCUUCACACCAGAGAGGGACGUUAUGAACGGAGAAUAGAUGGUAGUUCAGAAACCCGCGAACGUGCAUAUGACCACACACCAUAUGGACACCACGAGCGCAGUGGCACUUUUGAGAGACAGCGGCACUACAACGCGGACUAUUACAGGGAGCGCUCUUUGUUUGCUGCUGCCGGUCCAGGGAGCAGUGCCAUCAGUGGAAGCUUCGAAGCAUCAGAUCCUCAUUUUGACUCUAGAAUUCGAGACCCCUUUUCUCUUACGACUGCCACACGUCGUGACUUCUACAGAGAUGACAGAGGACGACGCGUUGACAGAACGUACCAUCACCGUCGCAGCCGAUCGUCCCAUUCGUCCCAAUCUCGACACCCUUCCCCUCAGCGGACAACUGCGCAAACAUCCAAAACUGCUCAUUCCCCUAAACGAGUUCCUCUGUCCCCUGGGAGAGUUCCACGAUCACAGUCCCGCAGUCGAUCUUCAAGCUCUGAUUCUGUGAGCAGCACCAGCAGUACAGGCAGCGGCAGUGAUUCCAACAGCAGCUCAAGUGAUGGAUCACGAGCACGUUCUGUUCAGUCGUCGGCUGCACAUGCACCUCCUCAGUCUUCAAUGGUGCUGGACUCGGACGAGCCACGGAGAAGCUUUGGGAUUAAAGUGCAAAACCUACCAGCAAGAUCAACCGAUACAAGCUUAAAAGACGGACUAUUUCAUGAGUUCAAGAAGCAUGGUAAAGUUACAUCCGUGCAGAUCCAUGGGGCGUCAGAGGACCGCUAUGGCUUGGUGUUCUUUAGACAGCAAGAGGAUCAAGAGAAAGCCCUUAGUGUCCCGAAAGGAAAGCUGUUCUUUGGCAUGCUGAUAGAAGUCACAGCCUGGAAUGGACCUGAAACGGAGAGCGAGAAUGAGUUCAGACCCCUGGAUGGCCGGAUAGAUGAAUUCCACCCUAAAGCAACAAGAACAUUAUUUAUUGGCAACCUUGAAAAGACAACCAGCCGUGAACAACUUUUUGAAAUAUUUCAGCGCUUUGGCGAAAUUGUCGACAUUGACAUUAAGAAAAUAAAUGGAGUUCCUCAGUAUGCAUUUGUGCAAUAUUCUGAUAUUGCAAGUGUUUGCAAGGCCAUUAAAAAAAUGGACAGCGAAUAUCUUGGGAGCAAUAGAAUAAAGCUUGGUUUUGGCAAAAGUAUGCCUACAGCGUGUGUUUGGCUUGACGGACUCACAACAAAUAUCACAGAGCAAUACCUCACACGGCAUUUCUGUCGCUAUGGACAUGUUGUCAAGGUUUUAUUUGACAGAAUGAAAGGGAUGGCCCUCAUCUUCUACAACAACACAGAUUUUGCUCAGACUGCUGUAAGAGAGACCAAAGGCUGGAAGAUUGGAGGCAGCAAAAUUAAGGUGGACUUUGCAAGUCAAGAGAGCCAAAUGGCAUUCUUCAGAGCUAUGCAGACAUCUGGUCAAGACAUUAGAGAGCUUUAUGAAAUUCCUCCUGAACGACGGGAGGAUCGUAGGCCCCUGUACCAUGAAUUUACAGCAGAGAGGGCAUACUAUGAAACCAUACGCACGCCUGGUCUUUACACAGAGGAUGCCAGGAGAGAAUAUGCAGCUCGCAGUAGAGACCGUUUCCCUGAAUUGGAACACUUUCAGGGGGAACAUUAUGACCCACGCUACCAUGAAGAUCCGCGGGACUAUAGGGAUUACAGAGAUCCCUUUGAACAAGACAUUAGAAAAUACACAUACAUUCAAAGAGAACGAGAACGUUUUGAAGCUGACCGAAGCAGAUGGAGUCCCUCUCAUCAUCGGCGGCCUAUUACUCCUGCAGUAUCACCAUCACCAACUGAACGUACACCUAGAGAGUCGGAGAGACGAGUUUACAGCCAGUCAUCUGAAAGAAGUGGCAGUGUCAGCUCACUCUCACCCCCACACUUUGAAAAGUCUGAAAAGACUUUGCAAGAACAUGCCUCAAAAAGUGACAAGAGUGAAAAGAGCAGUCAACCUGACAGAGUGGUGGGAUCUGAGAAAACCAAGCGGACCAAACGAAAAGAGAAAGGUGACAAAGCAGAGAGAGUAAAAUCAAGGAAAUCGCCAUCAAAUCCUCUACCAGACACUGAUCAUGGUUCUGCUGUGGAAGUAGGCACUGGAAGAGGAAAGGGAACUGAUCAAGAUGCUCAAGAUAGGCAAAAAUUUAAAGGCGAUAAUGACUGUACCACUGGGAAUCAGUUCUCAAUUUCUCACCAAGACUCGCUAAAAAGCGAAAAAUCUGAAACGGCUAAAGUUGAUAAUUCUGAAAUAGAUGGGAAAAAUCGACUCAAAAAACAUCUUAAGCCCGAGACCGUAAAUGAUGGGAAAGAUUCAUCAGUGGAUUCAGAUCGCAUCGUUGGAAGAAAAAGGCACUUUGCCGAUUCAAGUGGAAGGACUGUUAAUCAAAAGCGAAACAGGCUUGAAGAAGAGGAUUGUCAAUCGCAAGACCCUGUUGCAAUUUCGCAGUCCGGGAAAGAGUUGGACUCUGAUAAACACAAAGAUGCCCAACGGAGGGAUUCAAGAUUCAAAAGUGGAACUCCGAAGGACAUUCAAGAGGACACUAAAGUAACACGUGUAAAAUUAGAGGCUUCGCUGGAUGCUUCUGAAUCAAAACGACUUUCAUCCCGAAGAUUUUCACAGGAAGGACCUGUAGAUCCAGCCUCCUUGCGAGAACAGGAACAUAGUACAAUUUUCAAAUUUAGUGGUCAAGUGGCUGAAACUGUGAAGAGCUCAAAGAUUAAGGAAGAGCAUGUUGAUAUUGACUUGUCUCAGAGUUACCGUAAGCAGAUGGAGCAAAAUAGACGGUUACAUCAGCAGCAACAUCGAGAAUCUGACAAACCUGGAAAACCUGACAAACUGGGAAGUCCACAGGAAAGUGAAAGUGAGGAUUUGGAACACCGCAGCCUUGUGCAUGAAGUAGGCAAGCCCCCUGAGGAUGUCACAGAUAAUUUCCCAUCUCAUAAACAAAAGAAACAAGACCAGUUUGAUACUGACGGAAUUAAGAGGGAGCGUGUCUAUAGGAGCUUCAGACAAAAAAGUGAAGAUUCGGAAUGGAAUAGCACUUCCUCUCCGGGACACCCAUUUUCCCACAGUACAGAUGAGAACUUUGAUCAUGCUCAGAAAGUGCUUGUCAGAAACGAAAAAAUUAACUCCGAUAUGGAGCUCCUUGUCAAAAGGACUCACAAUACACAUGGGAACAAUUCCAACACACUUCAUAUUGAUGAGGAUCAACAAAAGAGAUGGGAAAGCAGGGUGAAGCAAAGCAUGCUACCCGACCUUAACUUUUCUAGAAAUCUAAAUAAAAAUGUUCACAACAACAAACGUUUGGAAUAUGGCAUGUGGCAUGAUAUAGAGCCAGGGGAGGUAAGAUCAGACUCUGAAGAGGAUCGAGAAGCCAAACCCCGUUCUCCUGUGGCAUCUACUUCAAAAUCUUUUUCAGAAAGGCCGAGGGCAAGUGAGAGAUUUUCUGACCCAAAAAUCGCACACCUUGAAAGAAAUAAAUUCUACUCUUUUGCACUUGACCAGACCAUCACACCAGAUACAAAGGCUCUGCUUGAGCGUGCAAAAUCUCUCUCAUCUUCUAGAGAGGAUAACUGGUCCUUCUUAGAUUAUGAUUCUCACUUUGCAAGUUUCCGCAACAGAAAAGAUACAGAAAAAAUAGAAUCAACUCCACGACCUACACCUUCAUGGUACAUGAAAAAGAAAAAGAUCCGAAGUGGAUCUGAAGAUAAACUUGAUGAUCGAAAGGAGGAGCCAAAACCAGAGGAACAAGAACGAAGAGAGUUGUUUGCUUCUCGCUUCCUUCACAGUCCUGUUUUUGAGUUGGACUCUAGACGACUUCAACAUCUUGAACGAAAGUAUGAAGAAGCUGAGCAUAGUCAAAACCAGCAAAGUAAUCAGCAAGGAACUAAUGAUGGUGAACAAGACUCAGGCCCAGUGGUUCUUUUCCAUAGUCGUUUUUUGGAACUUACAAGACUGCAACAACAAAAAAAUAAAACUCAACCACAAGAAGUGACAGAGGAAGUCAAAGUUGAAAAUCCAUCCACAGAUGACCCACAAAUGUUACAAUCGCCUGAAACUAAAGACUCUGUCAGUGAGCCAGAAAUUAAGCCUAUCAGUCCUGCUGAAGAGUUGGUGUCUGAACCCAGGGUAACACCCCCACUGUCACAGUCUGUGCUAAAAGACUUUCCUCCUAUGGAACAGACAUUUCAAUUACCUGUCGAGUCGGCUCCUCUUGUGGUUUUUGUCAAACAAGAAAUUGAAAUUAACCAAUCACCUGUGCAUUAUCCACCAGCUGAGACCACACCUGAUUCAGAAGAGGCAUCUUUCAAAAAAGAAGCAAAUUACCCAAAGGAUAGUUAUCUUUCUGCUUCUGAAAUAAAAGAGGAUGUUCCAGAAGAUGUCAAACCUUGUGCAGAAGAGCACGUUAACUUAAAUUUGCAAGGGUUGUCCAAUAGUUCAGAACCAGAGCUUGAUUCUGAAGCAACACAGCCCGAAGUCCCUCCAGCUUUAAGUUCUACCCUACCUAGUCAUGACGAGUGUAGUGAUUUAGUAAAGAAAGAGACGUAUUGCUCCACUUUAGAGCCUGAGGAAGAAAAAACACUUAAAGUUUGUAAAGAGUCAAGUGAUGACACUAACAUUGAGGGGGAAAUUGUCAACAAGGAAAAUAAAACAAAAGAAAUGAAAACUAAAAAGGUCAAACCAUCCCCACCUGAAGUUUCCGCGACUACUUUAUCUGUAUCAACUCCUGAAAAACGAGCUACACGAAAAAGUGAGCGGAUUGACAAAGAAAAACUUAAACGGGGUUCCUCUCCAAGAGCAGAUUCUAAGUCGACAGCCAAAUCUCCUCUUCAUGGCUCUGAUGCUGAUGUCUCGGAGAUGAGCAUAUCAUCAGGCAGAGCGAGACGUAGGAAUGUGAAAUCUGUGUAUGCCACUCCAGUUGACGAUGAUGUGCCUAUCCGUAUACACGAAUCCCCACGUUCUGCAAGAAAACGAGGCACAGAUAAGGAUUCUACACAGCAGCAGAACAGUGAGCAAGAUUUACCUGCUCCGCCCACAGCUGCACGAGGCAGGCCCCCCAAGAAUCGUAGGCAGUGUGAGGAUUCUUCAGCAGUUAAAAUAGACAAAACAAAAAUGGAAAAUAAAGACACUGAAUCAAAUGAGUCUGAUAGCUGUGAAAGAAUCCAUAGGAAUCUAAAAGGAAAAUCCUCCCCCAGUGUUACAAAAUUGUCAACUCAGUUGUCUACGGCUCAACUAUGUGGAUCAAUAAAAAAAGGAGAAAAAUCAGAGUUGACUGAGGGCAAUGAUCAGGAAAUGGACUGCACUGAUGAUAACUCCUUGACUUUGGUAGACUCAGUAAAAGAACAGCAGUCACCUAAAGUUGACCAAAAGAGAGAGGAAAAAGAAAAGCACAAAAGAGAAAUGGUCAAAGAUGACUCUUUAAAUGAAAAGAUUUAUGAAGGUAAAUCAAAUGGUAAAGAUGAUUAUCCCCUUGUGUCAGAAGAAAAAAACAGUUUGGAAAAAGUUAAAGGAAAAGGCAAGUUACCAAGGACACCAAAGUCUCCUGUUCUCAAAAACCUUAAAAUCAGGCUAAAUGUAAAAGACGUGAAAGAUCAUGUUAUCAAGUGCACCAGUAGAGAGGCAAACACUGAAGAAAGUGACAUUUCUUCUGAUAAAAAGGAACUUCUGGAAACAUCAAAAAGCCUAAGUUCGCAUGAGAUGGAAUUAGAGCAGGCUGUAGAGAACAUCGCCAAACUCACAGAUCCAUCUUUUCCCAGAGAACCGCAAACGCUAACUGGCCCAAUCACAGACUUGAAAAGUUUCUCCGAUGAAGAAAAGCCUAAUCCAGCUAGUGAAACAGAACUUAUUGCUGCUAUUGACUCCAUCACUGCUGAGGAUGGAGCUGUCGCUUUAUCUCAAGCACCACCAAUAGGUGUUGAUAUACCAUCAGAACCAGAGAUACAAGACCCGGUUCAACAUCCCAAGGAAGACGAGCCUGAAAUAAAUACAGUUAACAUCCAGGAUGAGCCUUUCUUACCAGCCACACCCAAAAAGAGCGCCAAGGGAAGACCUAAAACACUUAAACGUCCUAAAGUCCAAAAACAAGCACGGAAAGAUUCAAAAGAACAACCUCCGCUAAGUGACGAGACAUCACAUCUAUUAGUUCAGAACACAACGUCCAGUGCAAAUGUGGUCCCAGAAAUUAUUCCAUCAGCAGCUACUGCUGCUGUAAUUACUCCUACAACGUGGAAAUCAGAACAAGAGCCAUCAACUCUCAAGGCACCUGAUGUGAAAGUAGAGCCAGAGUCACCCAGUGAAGAGCAGGUUCAACAUAUCAAAACUGUUUACCCCCAGUCCAAAAGUCCAGUGGUUCCAAAGCCACAAUCACCCUCCCUUUCACCAUUAGCAUGCAAACCAAAUAUUAAACCCAUUCAAAACAGUAGAGCUCCUGUCUCGCCACCAGAUUGGCGCCGUCACUCAAUUGAUACUGGGGUUCCUUCUUUAUCAACCUUGCCAUUAGCACCCAAGGAAAACCCGCCUUCACCAGACUCGGAAAAUGUGGAGAUUGAUCGAGGCCCAAGCGAUCUGAGACAGAUUCUUCUAAAACACAAAACUGUUUCUCUGCCAGGGAGCAGUUAUGUUCCCACAAUUCUGCCUACAGCCCAAGAUCAGAACCUCAGUGAGCAUAACGCUAUGUUAACAGGUAUGCCAAAUAAGUCACCACUACCCGAUUGUAGAAUUUCAUCUCAGUCUGUUCGAACACCAGCUACAAUACCAUCUCCUGAGACCAAAUCUGUGAUAUCUGUCAUUGCAUCCACUGGACUGCAUUCCUCUGUUAUUAGUCGUCUAUGCAACCCUCAUGAGCAUGAAGACAAAGUGAACCCAAGUAUUGGAAACCAAAGUGUCGAUGUUGCUCUACCUAAACCCAAUUACAGGCCCAGCAAAGAUGAUACUGGAUCAUACCAUGGAUCGUCUAUUGGUGAAGAAGUGGCAAGUGCUACACGCUUUAUCGUUGAAAGUUCCACUCUUGGUACAGGAUCUUGCCCAGGUCUCAGAGUAAAUACAUCCGAAGGAGUAGUGGUACUGAGUCACUCGGGACAAAAAACAGAGGGACCCCAACGGAUAAGUGCAAAAAUAAGUCAAAUUCCACAAGCAACAGCAGGUGACAUGGAAUCCCAGCAGCUGGUAUCUAUGCCCCAAAUUAAACAGGAAUUGUACAGUCAUUCUCAGUCAGGCAUUCAAAAGGGGUCUUUGCAGACAGAUCAUGGACAUCCUGGCAAGGCCCAGUCAACAUUUUCUUCUAUUAAACAAGAAGCCACAGUUUUGGACAAAAUGGAACCUACCUAUCAUUCUGGCUCACAAGGAGUAGUGAAGCGUAUUACGCAGGGAGUUGCCAAUCAAGGUAUUAGCGCAAUGUACCAUCAAGAGUACCUGCCUACAAAACAUCAAAAGAAAAUUGACAGUGGUGAUAUACAUACUUCAGAUGGGUCAAAGGCAGCUUGGGCCUCUGCUAUAAGUCCUGCAAUCAGUCCCCAUUUGCCGUCUCCUCCUGGAAACCAUGUAGGCUUUGUUACGACUGCUGGUGACAGAACACCUUCGCAUCUCAGUGGCACCAAACAGGAAGCAAGAUCCCCUCGUAAGUCAAGUCAUCCGCAUUCGCCAUUUACCAAAGUGUCCUCGCCCAUUGGGUCUUCAUCACCCAAGGGCAUACCAGUGAUGUUGCCCACUGGUCUUUCCGCCAUGCAACAGUUUAUCACAGGUGUGCACCAUCCAGAGCAGUCUGUUAUCAUGCCACCCCAUAGUGUGCCUGGAGGCUUGGGACGGAUGUCACCACACCCUGCUACCCAGUCGAUUCCAGUGGGACAUCUCGUCCAGGGAGAUGUUCGGGUCAAUACUCCCCCACUUUCUGUGAUGAGCUACGGGAUACAUAGUGAGUCGCUUACUUCUCCCUGGUCCAAUUCAAUGCAGCAACGUCCGACUUCACCCCAAACCAUUGGUAGAGACAAGGUGCUCAAGGUGAACCCAGGUGCUUUGAGGAGCCAUGACGUGGACCAAGAAGAACCGAGACGCUUCCACCAGCAAGGACGACAACCUGCCUCACAGUUAAAAGCAGAGAUGAUACAGUCAGAUCCUCGGGCAGGCUUCAGAAGUGGUGUGCCAAUGGAAGCGUAUAUGACCCAGAGAGAAAUGCGUGCACUCCUACAUCAACAAGGAGAACGAUCGUCCACUGAUCCUCUUUCAGGUCACCUUCAAGAGAUUCAUCCCCCCUCUUCUGCACCUUCCAAUUUACCAAUGUCAAUGUCUCCAAGGGCACACAUUCUGCCUAAAGGUGUCUCUGAGAAGGACAUAGCAAAGCCAACAGAGGCUAAGAGGCCACACUCGCCCUUGUCCAAAGAAGGAUUAAUGGGGAUUCGGCAGCCAGGACCUACAGUAUCAUCUCCCCAAAGAGUUCCGCACAUGCCACCAGGACUAAGUGGUGCCUUCCCAGAGUACUCUCAGAUGUACACAAAUCCAAGAGGCAUCCAUUCCCAGAUGCCUGAUGCAACGCAUGCAGUUUCCGAUGGGAAAAUUCCACAGCCUGUUAAUAUGAUGCAGUUGCUGACAAAAUAUCCAAUUGUUUGGCAAGGACUGCUUGCGCUAAAAAAUGACACAGCGGCCGUCCAGUUGCAUUUUGUAUGUGGCAACAAAGCUUUGGCUCAUCGAUCACUGCCGCUCCAGGAAGGCGGUGCCUUCCUCAGAAUUGUUCAGAGGAUGAGACUCGAGGCAUCUCAGCUGGAGAGCGUAGCCAGAAGAAUGACGGGAGAGUGUGACUUCUGUCUUCUUCUUGCCUUGCCUUGUGGACGGGAUCAAGAUGAUGUUCUGAGCCAGACCCAAGCUCUUAAGGCUGCCUUUAUAAACUACUUGCAGGCAAAGCUGGCGGCCGGUAUUAUUAAUAUCCCAAAUCCAGGUUCCAGUCAGCCGGCCUACGUGCUGCAGAUUUUUCCACCAUGUGAAUUUUCAGAGAGCCACUUAUCUCAGCUGGCCCCUGACCUUCUGAACAGGAUCUCCAGUAUCUCUCCUCACCUCAUGAUUGUCAUCACCUCUGUGUGACCUUCACCGCGAGGGAAUAUGCCUCAUGGAUAGAUGGAUGAAAAAGUCACAGCUGGGCCUCAGGAAAGCAGAGGAAUACAAGACUUUUUUUUUUUUUUUUCAUGACAGUUUUUCCACUCCUACCCUUUUGUUAACCCAUCUGGUCUUUUUGUCCUUCUCAAAAAAACUCAGGGAUGGACCAAACCAGAGUCACGUCUUUUCUUUUUCUUUUUUUUGACCAUUUCUGCUGUAUUUUUAUUUAUUGGAGUUUUACUUGUUGUGAAGAAAACAAAUCAGGACGCUUGAUGAACAAAAAAUGCUUGACUGACCAGAUGGCAUUUUUAUUGAUUUUCCCCCCACCCCAACAAGAGGAUCACAUGUUAUAAAUAAGACACUUCAUUGUGUAAUUUUAAAAAUGUACAGACUGCCUCUACUGUGUUUUCUAAAAGUGGAGGAAAAUUAAACAGAGACCCUACAGAGGACCACAGAUUUUAAGUUCACCAGCUUGGUUCAUUUUUUUUCCCACUACUGAAACAGUUUACACCUCUGGCACCUACAUUUGCAUUGAUCAAGCAACAAUUUCUGUUGGACGUUUUGGAAUCUGGGACAUUGUAAAUAUUUAAAAUAUUUAAACUUUGACAAUGGAACUUGGAAAACCUGGCAGAGACUUGAACUCUGGGAUUGUACCAGAAUACGCAGUAUGGAAAUAGAUGGGUAUUCUUGAUUUCGUUUUUUUUUUUCCUUGGGUGUAAAUAGUUGUAACACAAGAAGUUAUGCAAACUCUCUUGUAGAGUUUGCUGAUGGCACUUCAUAUUUUGUAACUCAAAUAAAAAAAAAAAAUACAGAAAUCUUGUUAUAUUAAUUUGUAAUCAUUUAAACUUUCAUUUUGCAUACCAAGUGGUUGUUUUGCGACACACUAUGCCCUGAUCUUUAAUUUCAAGCACAAUUUGUUUAAAUCUUUGCUGAGUUAUAUUUGGAAUCAUUAAGGUUUAAUGUGAAUAUAUACAGUGGUAUGAAAAAGUGAACCUUCUGGAAUUUUCACAUUUCUGCCUAAAAUCACCAUUAAAUGUGAUCUGUUUUUUGUCAAAAUCACACAGAUGAAAAAACUGCUUUAAUUAAAAUCACCCCAAUUUUUAUAGGUUUUCAUAUUUUAAUGAGGAUAGUAUGCAAACAAUGAUAGAAGGGGGUGGGGGAUAAGUAAGUGAACCAUCACAUUAAUAUUUUGUGGCCCCCCUUUGGCAGCAAUAACUUCAACCACAUGCUUCCUGUAGCUGCAGAGCAGUGUGGCAUAUCAAUCAGGACUAAUCUUGGCCCAUUCUUCUCUACAGAACUGCUUUAUUUCAGUCAGAUUCCUGGGAUGUCUGGAAUAUAUCGCUGUCUUUAGGUCAUGCCAAAGCAUCGCACUGAGGUUCAAGUCUGGACUUUGACUUGGCCACUCCAGAACGUGUAUUUUGUUCUUCUGAACUCAUUCUGAAGUUGAUUUACUUCUGUGUUUUGGAUGAGUCUUGUUGCAGCAUCCAUCCGCUUUUUAGCUUCAACUGUCUGACAGACUGCCUCAGGUUUUCCUGCAAAACGUCCGGAUGAACGUUUGAAUUCAUUCUUCCAUCAAUGAUUGCAAGUUUUCCAGGCAAAACAACCCCAAAUCAUGAUGCUCCUUCCACCAUGCUUCAUGAUGGGGAUGAGGUGUUGAUGUUGGUGAGCUGUUCCAUUUUUCCUCCACACAUUAUGUUGUGUGUUACCCCCAAACUAUUCAACUUUGGUUUCAUCAGUCCAAAACAUAUUUUUGCCAAAACUUCUGUGGAGUGUCCAAGUGCAUUUUUGCGAACAUUAAACGAGCAACAAUGUUUGUUAUUUUUAGACUGUGGCCGUCUCCAGGGGAGUCCUACCAUGAACAGCAUUCUGGGCCAUAGUCUUGCAUAUAGUUGAUGUGCACAGAGAUAUUGGACUGUGCCAGUGAUUUCUGUAACUCUUUAGCAGACACUCUAUGGUUCUUUUUUUUACCUCUGAGUAUUUUGCGCUGAAUUCUUGCCAUCAUCUUUGGCAAGGCAGCUUUAAACCACUCAUCAGUGAUUGUGCACACACCUGACUGGAAUUGUUUGGUUAUAAUUGGUUUUAAUUGCUCUUCAAGUCUCCUUAGGCAAAGGGUUCACUUAUUUCCCCCCCUUCUGUCAUUGUUUGCAUAAAUGUUUGGGUGGUUUUAGUUAAA